UAGUUCACGCAAGCGACAUCGUGGCGAAGGGAAAUCGGUCUACACAACUGUCAAAAUGAUGCAAAUAACAGAUUUUCAAAAGAUAGGUGUUGGACUAACAGGAUUUGGAGUGGCGUUCCUGUUCCUUGGUGUCUUAUUUUUCUUCGAUAAAGGUUUGCUGGCGAUUGGAAAUAUUCUCUUCAUUUGUGGACUAGCAUUUGUGAUUGGGUUGGAAAGGACUGUGAAAUUUUUCUUUCAAAAACAUAAACUAAAAGCAACAGGGUUUUUCAUUGGUGGAAUAAUGGUAGUGCUGAUUGGAUGGCCAGUGAUAGGGAUGUGUGUUGAAAUGUAUGGAUUCUUUCUCUUAUUCAGUGGAUUUUUUCCAGUUGUUAUAAAUUUUUUACGGCGUGUUCCAGUCUUGGGAAGUUUACUCAGUCUGCCAGGGAUACGAUCGAUUGCAGACAAACUAGGAGAGUCCAAUUCGAUGGGUUCUUCGGCAGCUUGAUGAAGCAACAAAAUCCAGUGCUGAAAGUGGGACAUUUCAAAAGUGGCUAUACACCCUUCUUAUUAAGUGGCUUCAUCAUCACAUCUUUCAAUGCUGCCACAAAUAUGUACGAUUUUGUUUUGAACCAUUUAUUGAAAAUAAAGGGAUAUCAAAAACA